AUGACCUCUACUGUAGGUCCACCGUCAUACUAUGAAAAUCUGGGCUUUCAGCCAGCAAAUGUCUAUUCUGACAAGAAGCCAGUAGGUGCUAACUUGUAUCCACAGCAUUUCUCACCAAAUGCUCCGUCAGUGCCAAACUAUGUUCCAAGGGUUGCUACUCAUCAUUCGAGUAGACCAGUAGCACGUUCAUCUGGGAUAACAUGUACAUCAAGUGCAAAGAAAACCAUAGCCAUUAUAUUAUCCAUUUUACUGGUAAUUUGUGGUGCAAUUGCUGCUUUCCUCAUCUGGUAUUUUGUAGAGAACGAUCCCUGUGGCUCCUUAAUCGAGUGUGGAUCUUCAGGAGAGUGCGUGCAGCCCUCGGAGUGGUGUGAUGGAGUGAGUGACUGCUCCAAUGGGGAGGAUGAAACCCGGUGUGUUAGACUUUUUGGACCAAACUUUAUCCUGGAAGUUUACUCACCUGUCAGCAAAUCCUGGUAUCCUGUUUGUCAAGAUGACUGGAAUGAUGAUUAUGGGAAGACUGCAUGUAAAGACAUGGGCUACAGUGUAGAUACGUAUUACUACAGUCAAGGAGUAGCAACUGAAGUGAGCUAUAAAAGCUACAUGAAGGUGAAUACAAGUGCUGGGAAUAUAGACUUGUACCAAAAGCUGUAUAGCAGUGAUUCAUGUGCAUCAGGAAAUGUGGUUUCUCUGCGCUGCAUAGCGUGUGGCCUGUCCACUAAAAGCGUGAAAGUUAUGAAUAGAAUCGUGGGUGGCAGCGGAGCGGCGCUGGGGCAGUGGCCGUGGCAGGUCAGCCUCCACGUGCAGGGCACCCACGUCUGUGGGGGCUCCAUCAUCACCCAUCAGUGGAUAGUGACAGCAGCACACUGCGUGGAAGGACAACUUUCUGACCCGAACAGCUGGAGGGUUUAUGCUGGGAUUCUGAACCAGAAUGAGAUGCUCUUACAAAAUGGGUACAGAGUGCAGAAGAUAAUUUCCCAUCCAGAUUAUGAUACAGAUUCUAAAGACUAUGACAUUGCCCUUAUGAAGUUACAGACAGUGCUGAGUUUUAGUGAUACCGUACAGCCCAUUUGUCUGCCUAAUCCAGGAAUGAUGUUCCAGUCUAAUCAGCAGUGUUGGAUAUCUGGGUGGGGAGCAGAGAUAUCUGGAGGUAAAACAUCAAAUACCUUGAAUUAUGCUAUGGUGCGUUUAAUAGAAAAUUCUGUGUGUAAUUCUCUCAAUGUCUAUAGUGGCAUGAUUUUGCCUACAAUGGUCUGUGCAGGAUAUCUAAGCGGAGGAAUUGAUUCCUGUCAGGGUGACAGUGGAGGUCCUCUAGUAACCAACAAAAGCUCCGUGUGGUGGCUGGUUGGAGAUACCAGCUGGGGAACUGGCUGUGCUAGUCCCAAUAGACCUGGAGUUUAUGGGAACGUGACUGUAUUUACAGACUGGAUUUAUAAAAAUAUGCAGGUGUGA